AUGGCAAGAUCACAACAGAGAUACCGAGGUGUGAGACAAAGGCACUGGGGUUCUUGGGUCUCUGAAAUUCGCCACCCCAUUUUGAAGACAAGGAUAUGGCUUGGAACAUUUGAGACAGCUGAGGAUGCUGCUAGAGCCUAUGAUGAAGCAGCUAGGCUUAUGUGUGGUGCAAGAGCAAGAACCAAUUUCCCUUUCAACCCUAACACCACCAACAACGUCUCUCAAUCUUCUUCUUCAAAGCUUCUCUCACCAACUUUGACCGCAAAAUUGCACAGAUGCUACAUGGCUUCUUUGCAAUUAACUCGCCAACAAGAUCCUCAAAGGGUACUAGUGCCCAAUCAUAAUGAUAAUCAUAAUAAUAGUAACUACUCCAAAGUGCAAAUUAGUGAAAAGGGUGAUUCAAUUGUGUCAUCAAAAAAGAGAACACAUGAUGAGGAGGAGGAAGAGGUGAAACAAGAUUCAGAGGCCAAUUGGGUUGUCAAGAAAGUUAAGGGUAUGGACCAAAUUGGUCCACAGUUCAAGCCACUUGAAGAACAUCACAUUGACCAAAUGAUUGAGGAGCUUCUUCAUUAUGGCUCUAUUGAACUUUGUUCUGUUUUUCCACAUCAACAUAUUUAAUUUAGUAAUAAAUAAUCAACCUGUGUUUUUUCUAUUUA